AUGGCCACGGCCGUCCGCCUGCAGCUGGUCUUCCGCCCCACUAAGCCAGCCGCUCCUUGCCAUCGUCGUCUCUCAUCAGCACCUCCGGCUUGGAGCCGGCGUCCUCCAGAUCCAAGAUCAAUUGUAGCAGCCGCAGCCGGCGGCGGGUCAUCGUCUCCAUCCUCCCGGUCCCGGCGGCCCCAGCAACUGCAAUCCUCCAGCACCGCCAUCCGCGAGAGCAAGCAGCAGGUGACGCUGAAGCUGACGUACCUGGAGAUCAACAGCUGGGUGUGGGAGGUGCAGCAGCAAGGCCAAGCCCAAGCCCCUGUGCGCAUCCUGGUGGAUCCCCUGGUCGUCGGCAACCUCGACUUCGGCGCGCCCUGGCUGUUCGACGGCGCCAAGAAGAAUCCCAAGGUGAAGGCCCUCGGGGUGGACGACCUGCUGGCGCCGGAGGCGAGGCCGGACCUGCUGCUCAUCACGCAGAGCCUGGACGACCACUGCCACGUCCGGACGCUGACGCAGCUGUCCGCCAGGGCGCCUGACCUGCCGGUGGUGACCACCCCCAACGCGCAGCCAGUGCUCGACUCCCUGCCCACGCCCUUCCGCCGUGUCACCUACCUCGACCCCGGCCAGUCCACCGUCGUCAACCAGCAGGUCCGGGUGCUGGCCACCGCAGGCCCCGUCCUGGGGCCGCCGUGGCAGCGCCCCGAGAACGGCUACAUCCUCAUGGCCGCCGCAGGUGCAGGUGCAGGUGAUGGUGAUGAGAGCGGCCCCGGCCUCCUCUACUACGAGCCGCACUGCGUCUACGACAGGUCCUUCCUGGAGGACAAGCGGCUGCGGGCGGACGUCGUCAUCACGCCGGUGGUGAAGCAGCUCCUUCCAGCCAACUUCACCCUCGUCUCCGGCCAGGAGGACGCCGUCGACCUGGCCAGGCUGCUGCGAGCCAGAUACGUGGUACCCAUGAGCAACGGCGACGUCGACGCCGGCGGACUCCUGGCAACCGUGCUCACCAAACAGGGGACGACGCAGUCCUUCCAGGCCUUGCUGUCGGAGGCGCUUCCCCAGGCGCAGGUCCUCGAACCCACGCCCGGCGUGCCGCUCCAAGUCCAACUGCAGCUGGACGACAUCAUAGAUGGAUGA